GGUGCCGCCCCCGCAGCCCGGCCAUGGAGGAGGACGAGGCGGGCGCGGAGCCGCGGGGUCCCCCCGGGCGCCGCCGCUCGCCGAGCCCCGGCCGCCUGGACGUGAGCUCCAGCCGCUUCGACCCGCUGCUGGCGCUCUACUCGCCGCGCACGCCGCUGCCCUUCCCCGCCGCGCCCUGCUUCAACAACCUCGCCGAGUACGAGAGCUUCCAGCGCGGCCUGCGCCGCCCGCGCGGCCGCCGCGCCGCCCCCGCCCGCCGCGCCGCGCCCGCCGCCCGCGGGGCCCGCCGGGGCCCGCCCGCCGCCGACCCCGAGCGCAUCCAGCGGCUCCGCAGCCUCAUGGUGAACGCGGGCCCCGAGCAGGACGCGGCCGAGGGAGGAGCGGCGGCGCCGCGGCGGCGGCGGGCACCGCGCAAUGUCCUCACCAGGAUGCCCCUCCAUGAAGGCAGCCCUCUGGGGGAACUUCAUCGCUGUGUCCGAGAUGGUGUCAAAAUCAAUGUUCACAUCCGCACUUUCAAAGGGCUUCGUGGAGUCUGCACAGGGUUUCUGGUUGCAUUUGACAAAUUCUGGAAUAUGGCCCUGACAGACGUGGAUGAGACUUACAGGAAACCAGUAAUGGGCAAAGCUUUCUAUGCAGAACCUCAGCUCACACUGACCCGACUGUUUGACAGACUCAAACUUCAGGAGUCCUCGGGGAAGAAGGGAGCUGACUCAAAGACUGUCUCAGAGGAGCUGGCCCUGACAAGUGACUCUCAGACGCUGGGAUCAAAAGUUGGAUCAGGACGAGGGAGAGCAGAAGAGGAGCGUGAGAGGCAGAAACACUCGGGCAGAGCUGGAGAAAAGAAGACGCCAGGUGACAGUUUGGUUGCCGGAGGUGAAGCUGAUGUGGGCAGCAGGACUGCCCACACAGAGGGUGCCGGUGCUGGUGGCGCCCGUGCACGAAGCCAGUCCCGGAGGAAAAGGCGGCCCAAAGUGGAUUAUCAACAGGUGUUCACACGUCACAUAAACCAGAUUUUUAUUCGAGGAGAGAAUGUCUUGCUUGUCCAUUUAGCACAUUGACUCGGCUGAGCUUUGGUCAGCGUAUUUGUUUGAUAGCAUGACUUGCUGCAGCAGCUCCCAUUGCUAUUUAAAGUUGUCAUUGAGUUUGAUGGUACCAUGGCUGGUUUCCCAUUGCCAUAACAAGGUAGGGGAAAUAAUUGUAAGUAGAGCAUCCUGAGCUUGAUGCCAAAGCAGCUUCCUUAGAUCCCUGUUGGGGGUUUCAGGACAAGGUCAGCAAUGGAGUUGUUUCUGUGAUAUGAGGGAGGUAAGCACAGAUCCCACUGCUCCUUAAAAAGAAGCUAAAUGGAGAGGGUUGGAAGAGUAUUUUGGUGUAAUCUGUUAUAGGAGCUACUUGUGGCACAUGUUUAAGGAGCUUAAGAUAAGAUCUCCACCUGCAAUGAAUCAGAAAUGCUCUUUUGCAUGUUCUGAGAAAUCUCAAGAGGAGAUUGCUAAUGAAACCAACAGUUUAUCUGCUGCUGUUACAUGGGUGUCCUCUUUUCCAGACAUAAUUCUGACAGUCAUUUUGAAACAGUUUGUAAAAAGGUGGAGUGACAUACUGCUGAUGGCUAUUGCCCUGUGUGAUAGAAAACCUUUUAAUUGAAAACUGCUCAUCUAAUGUGAGUGAUGAUAGGACUGUAAUUUGUUUUCCAUAUCAAAGCUUAGGCUUCUCUUUGUGCUUUGGCCCUGUGUCACCAGCAAGCAGGUGAUGUAGCUGAUCCAGGGGCCUCCAUAUUUGGGGUUUAUCUGUGAAUGCUGUGGAUGCAGAUGGAAAAUUGUACUGUUACAUUUCAUCCAUAUACUACUUAGUGUAAUAGUGAAGCUGGCAAAGGUGUAGGGUUUUUCUCAGAUGUGUUUGUGCUGAGCACACUUGUACUGUAUCUAAGAGCCUUUCAAGCUCUCUGUUGAAACUAGAGGUGCUGUGUCUCCAGCAAUUCCCAUGGAGCAGAAAUCUUCAUGGGUCUUUCCUAUCCAUGUGAAUGAUGCAUCAUCUAAUUCCAGUUGAACUGAGCUUCGGAGGUGUGGCUGAAAAUGUUUUGAAAUAUAAAAGUCAAAGUCAACUCAUCAGUGUUUUAUUUUAAAGCCAGGGUUCUGCAGGAAUAAACUGAUUUCCAAGAGAGUCAUGUGGAGAAGUUUCAGGGUAAAUGAAGCUGUUACAUUAUCUAGUCUGUUAGCUUCAUUGUCCAAGGACACUAGAAUUCAUGCUGCUAUUCCUGUAUUCAUCUCAACUGCCUUGUGCUUUGCAGCAGAUCCAUGUGUUUAGGAUGAAGUUGGGAAAUUGCUUUAUAUCAGGUCUUAUAUUGCAUAUAGGGGUCAUAAGUUCUUAAACUGAGUGACUGUUCUGUGGGUGACAUAGAUAUCUGCUGCUGCAAAUGCAGCAUUCUGCUUGCUUGUCUUUAGGGGGAUGUCUGGUGUUUGGGUGAAUCACAGAAAUCAUUUAGCAGGAGUUCCUGGACACACAAAGCAGCUGGUUUUGCCUCUGGGGGAGCCUGAAGCUUCUGUCAAUGUUUCAGGUGACAGGGGGCUUGGACAGCUGUUGAGCUGAGCCAGUGAGCUGCAAAUCCUGGUUCAGCCUGGGACAGAAGUGCUUCAGAAUAAAAAGUGCUGUUGAGGCAAAACAGUUUCAUCAAGAGCGAAAAAGAAAAGAAAAAAAUGAAAUACUAUCUACAGCUUCUUAUUAUACAUUGCUUUAUUGUAAUCCCUUCCCACUAUGAACUGAGACCAGGCACUGAAAAGAUUCUUCUCUUAGAGGCUCUUGUUUCCUCUGCUGUGCUGUUCUUGUUUGUGUUCCUGUGCUCUGCAGUUUUUCCCUUUUUUUCUUCCCCCUUUCUCCUGUCAGUACUUUGUCUCUUCAGGAUGUUCUAAACCCUGGUUUAUGAAGACUGUUCUUGUAUUCAUCCCUAGUUGUUCUGGCUUUGUGAAGCUAGAAACAAGGUGCUUAUUUCUGCUCCUGACUUCCCAGAGGCUUUUAUUGCAAGUGAAUAUUUUCUUUGUUCUGUUUUUGAUUGUGGGGGUUUUUUCCCCUCUGUUUUCUGACAGCUUUGUUUUUAUUUCAGUUGCUUAGGAUGACUCCUCUCUGCCUUUUCCAUUCAUGCCAGAGGCUGCUGGUUUUGACCUCUCCUCUUUCCUUCAUAUUUGCCCAAAGGAUGUCAGACUACCCUCAGGCCUGUGUACUACUACAUCUAAUUGAAUUCUUGCUUUUCUUUACCUCAUGUUCUUAGUUAUAUUUGUCUGCUUUGUAUUGCCUUGUGCAUUAAACAAGGUACAACUGCCAUGAAUGUUCUUGUGGCUGUCCUGCCCUCCUUCCUUGUCCAUUGACACUUCCCCAAGUUCUCAGUUGCUACUGGAAGUCUCAGUGUUUCCUUUAAUCAGAAGUUUUUCUCUGAAACCUUGCAGGUGUUUGUUGCUUCACAUUUACAAGUUCCUUUGUUUACAUUUUAUGAAAAAUACUGGUGCUUAGACUUGCGUUUGUGCCUUGAUUUUUGUAUCAUCCCUAACCUGUUUUUCCAGAAUCAUCACCUUGGUCAGCAAACCUGGUUAAAAACUAUAGUUUGUCUACUUUUUUUGCACUACCUCAUUACUAAAAUGUUCCUCCUCUUAUCUGUGAAGUUGGUUAAAAUUCUCUCUUCCAAUUUAGAUUUUAUGGUUUAUUUGUUGCUUCUUUGUUUGUUUCCUACUUUCCUGUCCACCUUUCUCCUUAUUUCCAAGCUGCUUCCUAAAUACAGCUGCCUCUUCUACAACUUCAGAUCUUCCAAAAUGUCUUCCUUUUCCCACUUUUUCUGGCAUUAAAGCGCAUUAUUAAAAUGCUAUUUUAUGGAUUUUGUCUCUUUCAAGCAUCAUGAUUGUGAUUAAGCAAGUGAUCCUCUAUGUGUGUUGUCACUUGCAUGUUUAAAACUUCAGAUAAUGUUGCUCUUUAAAUAAAAUUGAAUGUCAUGUUCUGAAAUGAAUUCUUCUACCUCACCUAAGUAUUCACAUAAAUCUGUUCCAAAAAAAAAAAAAAAAAAAGAGAAAACAACCCUUGGAAACAAAUGAGCUUUGGUUUUGGUUUGUUUUUUUUUUUUCUGGGUUUUUCUGUCCAUGUUUUUUUUUUUCCAAACUCAGCAUCAAAUUUUUGUUCAAAAAGCUGUCUGCUCCCAGCCUUCCCUCUCUUGGUUGCAGUGUCACAAAGAUGCUGUGAGCAAAGACACACCAAAGGAAUGAGGAGUAGGAGCAGGAGACAGUCCUAGGAGACAGAAAGAUGUGUGAGAGUGAAAGAGGUUUGGGCAGGGAAGGAUCCACCAGUUCCCUGUCCCAUAUUUCUAGGACUUUGCUCAUCCUGGUGCUCAGCGGUGGUUCCUAACGUGUGUUUGUGGUGAGGUACCGAAUUAUAGGGAGCAGUUUUCUGAACUAACUUUGAAGGAGUGUUGGGAUAAUUUGAGAAAUUUUUAGGAUAAUUUCUAGAACAGCAGACAAAUACAAAACUUGUGAAAUGUGGCGAUGCCAGGUGCAGAAAUGAUGUAAUGCCACAGUCUUGGAUCGUGAUGUCACAGAGAUAUCUCAUGGUGUCAUCGUGUAUCUUUCCAUUCCCAACACAGUCCAGCAGGGAGCCAAGUCUCAAUUUUAAGAGUGGCAGUUUUAUUUGUACAGUGAAGUGUUUUUGCCCAGUUUUUACCUAACACUUCUUAAACAGGGCUGUGGUAGUAGAAGAGGUAAGGCCGAGGGGAAAAAAGGAGCUUGUAAAAAAGGGUGGUUUUAGUUCCUUCUCUCAGCUGACUAGUCCAGCUUGUUAAUUGCCUGGAAGUUUUUUUCCUGAUCUAGAGAGGUACUUAGCACGUCCUCCCCAGGUGAUUAAUGAAUUAAUCAGUGAGUGCUGUUUUCCAUCUGCUUCUUGUCCUUCACUUUUUGGAUUCGUCGUUUCUUUUGCAGCUUUCCCUCAGCAGGGCAAGAUCUCACCAGGAAUAAACCUGACUGCCUGCUGAUUUUUCCCCCUCUGUAAGGAAUGUUAGCCCACCUAGUUUUGAAUCCAGAUAGCCUUUGCCUGUUCUUGAUUUUCAUAGUGUUCUCUUCACACUUCUGGAAUUAUUUGGUCAGAAGAAUUAUUUGUCUUGGAUGAUAGUACUUUUGGAAGUAAACUGAAAAAUUUUUGAAAAAUAAUUUUGUUACUUAUUUUCCUUCCCACAGUGCUAGGUUUUCCUUGUUUGCUGUUGCAGCCACCCACUUGCACCUGUGAAUCACUGUGGGUGAAGAGGUGUCCAGGAAAAGAGAGGCAGAGAAAAAAAGGUGUCUAAUUUUUAUUGAAUUUGACAUUCUGUCCAACAUGCUGCCUACACUCACCCUUUCUGUUUCUUACUGCCACUGACCUAAAUGACACAGGUGGGGAAAAUUACUUCAUUCAGGGUCUUGAAGGAAAAUGGAGAAGCAGCAGGGACAGCAAACUGAGUUUUUGAGGAUGUUUAUCUCCAGGUGAACUUCCCAUCUCUGAUCAAACAAAUCAGAGUUAUAACUACCAAAUUACACUGCAAGCUCUGCCACUGGAUAAAACUGGAAGGCACAGUAUUGCACCUUUUCAGGGGUGAUGCAGUGAUUCCCUCAGCCAGGCAAGCUCUUCCCUGAGAAGCUGCUGAGACAUAUGCCAGUGUCUGCCUCAGAGCAUAACUGCAAAAUACUGCCAAUUACUAUGAAGAUUUUUGUCUCCUGCCUGCACAGCCAAGUGUAAAACAUAAAUGCUGAGGUCUGCAUCAUCUGCAGCCCAGAACUAUUUCAGUUCAUGCUUUUGCUUCUUGACAUUGGCUUAAAAAUUUGAGGUGUGUACUAUAGCAAUCCUAAGACAGCUUCGUUAUAACAUUAUGAAAAGCUAUUACUUACUAGAAAUAGUAUUGGAAAACUAGAGUAUUACAGAAUUUGUGGAAUUCUUAUUGUAAUUAAGAUAUUGCAAACCAGGAAAGGCUGAGAGAAUUGAGAUUCUCUCAGCUGAGACAAUUAGGGAUGACCUAAUUGCAGCCUUCCAGCACCUGAAGGGAGCCGACAAGAAGGAUGGAGAGAGACUAUUUACAAGAGUAUGUAGUGACAGGACAAGGGGGAAUGGCUUCAAAUUGACAGAGAGUAGGGUUAGAUUACAUAUUAGGAAGAAAUUCUUUACUGUGAGGGCAGUGAGACACUGGCACAAGUUGCCCAGAGCAGCUCUGGAUGCCCCAGCCCUGAAAGUGUUCAAGGCCAGAUUGGAUGGGGCUUGGAGCAACCUGGUCUAGUGGAAGGUGUCCCUGCCCAUGGCAAGAUGGAAUGAGAUGUUUUUUUAGGUCCCUUCCAACCCAAACCAUUCUGUGAUUCUGUGAAAUGUGGAGAAAACUGUUAUCCUUUGCUGCUGUCUUUUUAACUUAUUAGUAGCAGAAAAAAACUAAGCCCUUUGGGAAAGGGUAGGCAAGGCAGUGUGAUGGUCCUCGUCUGGGUAGGCACUGCAGGAUUGGUGCACUUGAUGGAGACUUUUCUUGAUGAAAAAAAAAAAGGUGUGUAAUUUCCUGUAAGUAUAACAUGUACCUCUCUGUACAUUAUCCCAACUGUAGCCUUUCACGGCAUGCUGAAAGUGGGAAAGCAGGCAAAGAAAGAGGAGUGAAGAGGAAUUACUCGGUGAUAACUCCUUGAGAUGGAAAGUGGCUUUCUAGCCUGUGGACUUGGGCACAAUCAGGCCAGCACUGGGCAGUUGUGCUCUGUAGGGGAAGGGGGGAUGCAGAGACAGCCCUUGAGUGCAGCUUCCCUUGUGCUGUGAGCCUUUCACAGCACAGGAACUGCCCCUGGAAUAUCUACCAGGCUCCUUCACUAAAAACUGACGUUUGAUCCCACCUUUAAAAUUUUGCAGGGGAAACCCAGUGGGAUAAAAAACGAGUAAGCAAAUUUGCCCUGUAGAGGCAGGGAUGGAGGAGACUUGGUUGUCCUUGUUGGCUUCCCAGGGGUGCAGGAGAAAGGACUGCUUUAGUGGAGAAAUAGCAGAGAUGUUUGUCUGGUGAUGUUUACAAGUCCUUUUAGAUGUCACUAAGUGCUCUUGCUCUUAGCUGUUGGCAGGGAAGGCCUGUCAGGGAAGGAAAAUGCCUUCUGAUGUUCCUGGAUAACUAUCUUGUUAGCUUCUAGCUUCGUAGUGUACACUUGGAUGACUUUGUUGAAAAAAAUUAGUGCACCUGAGACUUUCAGUCAGCCUUGUAUUCGUUUAGAAUGAAAACCAGUUUGAUCAGUUUGUGUGAAAACAUAUCCAUCCUGUUUUCCUCUCAAAAGAUCAGUGCUCUCCCUCAGGAAAGAAAUGAAAGCUGCUCCUAUAGCGAUUGCUUCUGAUUUUCACUGCUUCAGAGCAAAGUGCAGCUGUGUCCUGUGUGUUCAGUGAGACACAUCACUCUGAGAGGAGGAAAUGAGAGAAGUGUUUGGUUUGCCUGAAACUAAAAUGGGCAUUAGGAGGGGAGCAGAUGCAUUGACCUCUUUUCAGAUAGUGCACACGUCCACUGUAGUUGGACAUACUGGGACUUGUUGACCAAUCAGUCACCUAUAGAGCUUCCUUAAGGAACCACAGAGGAGCAGCAUGACCUGCCAGACUGACGUGGGACUGGGAGUCAGAGGCUGACAAAUUCUUAUCUCUCUGCUCCUCACUGUGGCCUUCACAAGUCACUUUGUUCCCUCUCCCUGACUCUCCACAGCUGCAACACUUCUAAGAGCAAUCCUUGCCUGUCUUGCAAGGAUCUGGGGAGGUGGUAAGUGCAAAGUAUUGUUAUUAAAACUAUCCCUGUCAGGUAAUGCAGGUGCAUCCACCAUCUGCCCUCUCCAGGCACGUGACUGUUAGACUCACACCUUGGCACAUGAAACCUGUGCGGGGUAUCAGGUACAACAAUGCACUUCAGUCUUGAAAUUACUGACGUCUUCAAGGACUUCAAUAUCUUGUUUCACAGCUGCAGUUCCAUGUUUGGGUCAGAUGGUGAUAAAUGAGAGUGUAACUUGUUUGUAAUUCCUUCUCUCUCUUCCUAAAUAUUUUGUUUCUUAGGAAGCUGAUGCUGCUAUGAACAUACUGAAUAAUACUGAAUUUGCAAUAUCCUGCUUUCCAGAUGUAAAUGUUUAUAUUUAAAAUUGCUACGACUGCAAUGCAAUAAAUAUAUCUGUGUAACA